GCAAGUAUCAAUCAUCAUAAUAAAAACAUUUAUAAGUAAUAAACAAUGUUUAGCACAUGGAUUAUUAGACCACAAGAGAAUUCCUAAUUGUAAUUGGCCUUCUCUAACCCCUCGAUGAUUCCGAACUUCCACCAAGCCCCUUUAUGCCCUUCAAUCAUCAAUUUACCUAAACCCUAAAUUAAACCCCCUGGAUGAUCAUAUUUGUUUUUAUGCAUUCCCAAUUUGAAUUUUAUUUUGUUUGAUUGAAAGCUGAAAGAAACAAAAAAAAAAAAAAAAAAAAAAAAAAAAAAAAACUGUAUUGAACAAGAAAAAAUGGCUACUCUUUUUUCACCUGAUUAUGCUUUAUAUUCUUCUUCAUCAUUAGAAUCUCGAGAUAGGAAUCUUGGAAUCGUCAAAAUUUCUUCGAUUUCAAAAAAAUCUACCCAGAAAAUAUCAGUAUUCAAACAUCAACCUAGAAGAAACCCAAUUUCAUAUGCUGUUCGAAUGCAAGAUGGUGCAAUUGCCACAAAUAUAACUCCUGUUGAAAAUAACAUUAAAUCAAUGAAGUCUUUGAAAGAUGGAAUAUUAUCAGCCACAUCUUCCCAGGAAAACAGUGAUUUGUCUGGGUUUGAUGUGAGAAAGGAUGAGUCAACUGUCAGUAUCACAGUUGUUGGGGCCUCAGGGGACCUGGCCAAGAAGAAGAUAUUUCCUGCACUUUUUGCUCUUUAUUAUGAAGAUUGUUUACCUAAGCAUUUCACUAUAUAUGGUUAUGCUAGAAGUAAGAUGACUGAUGAGGAACUUAGAAAUAUGGUUAGCAAGACUCUUACAUGCAGAAUUGAUAAGAGUGAGAACUGUGGUGAGAAGAUGGAGGAAUUUUUGAAGAGGUGUUUCUAUCAAUCUGGUCAGUAUGAUUCUAGUGAAAACUUUGCUGCGCUAGACAAGAAGCUUAAGCAACAUGAGGCUGGGAGGUUUGCUAAUCGCCUAUUCUAUUUGUCAAUCCCCCCAAACAUAUUCAUAGAUGCAGUAAGAUGUGCAAGUUCAUCGGCAUCUUCAACAAAUGGGUGGACUCGGGUAAUUGUCGAGAAACCUUUUGGUCGAGACUCGGAAUCAUCUGCUGCUUUGACUAGAGGACUAAAACAAUUCUUGAAGGAAGAUCAGAUCUUUAGGAUUGAUCAUUAUCUUGGGAAGGAACUUGUAGAAAACUUGUCUGUCCUUCGCUUCUCCAACCUCAUCUUUGAGCCUUUGUGGUCGAGGCAGUAUAUUAGAAAUGUUCAGUUCAUAUUUUCCGAGGAUUUUGGCACUGAAGGACGCGGAGGGUAUUUUGAUCACUACGGGAUCAUUAGAGAUAUCAUGCAGAAUCAUUUGCUACAAAUAUUGGCCCUUUUUGCAAUGGAAACUCCGGUUAGCUUGGAUGCAGAAGAUAUCAGAAACGAAAAGGUGAAAGUUCUUCGGUCAAUGAGGCCGCUGCAACUUGAUGAUGUCGUGAUAGGACAGUACAAGAGCCACACUAAAGGAGGGGUUACUUACCCAGGCUACACCGAAGACGAGACUGUACCCAAAGACAGCUUAACACCAACAUUUGCUGCUGCUGCCCUAUUUAUAGAUAAUGCAAGAUGGGAUGGCGUGCCUUUCCUGAUGAAGGCCGGAAAAGCACUGCAUAAUCGGAGGGCGGAAAUAAGAGUUCAAUUUAGACAUGUACCGGGAAAUAUAUAUGACAAAAAUUUCGGGACAAAACUUGAUCAGUCAACAAAUGAGCUUGUGAUUCGAGUGCAGCCCGAUGAAGCUAUUUAUUUAAAGAUCAAUAACAAGGUUCCUGGUUUGGGCAUGAGAUUGGACCGCAGCACUCUCAAUCUUCAUUAUGCGGCAAGGUAUGCAAAUGAGAUUCCAGAUGCCUAUGAGAGGCUUCUACUUGAUGCAAUAGAAGGAGAAAGGAGACUGUUUAUCCGUAGUGAUGAACUUGAUGCUGCUUGGGCACUUUUCACCCCGCUUCUAAAAGAACUCGAACAGAAGAAAGUGAAUCCUGAAUAUUAUCCUUACGGAAGUAGGGGUCCCGUUGGGGCACACUAUCUUGCUGCCAGACAUAACGUUCAAUGGGGUGAUCUCGGUUUAGACCAGUAAGUGUCCUAUUCUCAAUAUAUUUAUAUUAGACGGAACUCCAUAGUAUACAUCACUGUUUAUCCGUUAGCGAAAUCAUUUGCUCGAUUAAGAUACUAUGAUAGACGAACAAAUGCUUCUAUUAGACGGAACUCCAAUCAACCUUUCAUUUUAGUUCCGUUUAAUCUAUGUCGGGUGCUUCCAUUAUGAAAUAAAUGGUAGAAAAGUGAGACUUGCCGAUUCUUUGCUGUACAAAGCCGGUCAGAAUCUGGCUUACCCUCAAAGUAUACUUGACCGAGAUCGUAUUGUACUUCUGUUUAUCGUACGUUGCAAAAUCAUCGUAUGCACGAAUGAAAGGAUGGUUGAAUCAUCGUAUGCACGAAUGAAAGGAUGGUUGUACCUCAUGCCUCGCCCUUUUAAGUUUUGGAUCCUGGAAAUGAGCAAAGACAUCCUUGUUCUUUACUUCCUUCUGCUUUACUGGUUUGAUUAGUUGCUGAUUUGAUUGAAGAUUGAUACAAGCUUGAGGAUACACCUACCGGCUACUGGCUGCAACUUGUUCAUCCAUCGUGCUUUUAUUGUUUUAUUUGUCCCAUUUCUCGUUUCGUGCUUGUCAAUGCACUUAUCCAUCCCGUAUUAUUUUUAAUUGUGCAUAAUUAGCAAUUAUGAAUAGUUGAGAAUCAAGGGUUGCCUAGUGUUCUUCGGCCUUACCCCAAGUUGAAAAAAAUAGGAAAAAGAAAGUGAAAAGUUGAUACUAAUUACAAUAAAAUGAAUCGAACAAGAUUUCUAAUGAGUUAUGACUAUAUUUUAUUUUAAAGAUUUAAAUAAAAUAUAAAUUAAAAGUAAUCAGUAAAAAAUAUGUGCAACUUUAUAUAUAAAUGUUAAGUGUACCUGGUAGACUACUAGUUUAGUGAAUGGAUUAGUUAUUUUUAAGCGAUCUCUCAGCCCUCAAGAUGAGGUUUAAGUAGUUGCCAGUGCCACAUUCUCUCUGACGUGGAUUAUCAACCAUAUUGUAGAUAAGGUUCUGGCAGAUCAUUUGGAAUUGGAUCACGCAUAUAUAAUUACUCAUUUUGUUUUUUUUUUAAAUUAGUACUAUUUGACUUAAAAAAUUCAUAUAUUUUUGAGCCCGUGUAAUUUUAAAGGCCACAAAGACUGUAUUAUAUAUCACGAGAAAAUAUAAAUAUUAUAGACUAUACUUUUAAGUAAAUAAUUUAAUGUUUAUUUAGUGUUUUUUGGAUUGUGCUAUUCAUUAAGUAUUAUUUUUUCUCUGACUCUUUAAGUUUUAUUAUAAUACUUAAAAACAUUUUGUAUAUUUGAGUUUUAUGAUAUAAAUUCAAAAGAAUGGAGAAAGUAUUACUGUCGAAAUAGAUUCUCAGAAUUUAAUUUAAUUAAAAAUGGAUUUAGUUAGCUAUUUUGAAUAUAUUUGAAGCGACCAUUAAUGAGAAAAUAAAUUGAAAAUGGGAUUUCAAAAGCAAUAUUAAAUUAAAAGUAUAUCUCCAAAAAAGAUUUGUGAGUAGUGGGAGAAAUAUGUGAAUGAACUAAAAAUCUUAGCUACAUAUGUCAAUGAUAAUUAAGAGAAAAUGUAAAUCAUAACUAAAAAUAAAAAUAGAACAAAUUUAAUAGUACGAAUUAAAAAAAUAGAGCAAAGAAAAUAGUUGGUUGUAAAGGUGAACAAACAAAUUUCAUUGAGAAAGUAAUCAACUCAAUUAUCAAAUACUCUCUCUAUCCCUAAUCAGCACCAUUUUUAUUUUAAUCAAUCUCGUUAAUAUUAUAUUUUUUUUUCUUUUUUAACAAUGAUCACACUCUCCUUCUAUCUCAUUUAUAACCACUUAAUCUCAUUCUCUUAAUCCAUCUUAACCACUCGUUUGUAUCAUCUUUUUGUUACUUGUUUUAGUUUCUAAUUUAAUUCUUUUUAUGAAUUUUAAACCAAAAAAUAAAUAAUACUAAUUGAGAUGGAUAGAGAAUAUCAAUAUUAUAUAUCAAUAUCAUGGAAUAACGGUCCAUACCACGAUGUUGUUAAUGUAGGUGCAUGGUAGAAUAAUCCACCUCUUAUGAGUGGAAUAGUGAUCCUUUCGAUCCAUCUUUGUCAUAUAAAUCUUUAGCCUCCAUUAUGUAAUAAGGUGUAAGCACUAACUUUGAAUGGUUCUUUUCAAAGAAGCUUUCUAGCUUAUCAUGUCAUGUUCAUACAUUUGAUCAAAGGAUGAGAUAAACUUCUAUCAUUCAUUUAUGUCCUCUAAAAAAUAGCUCAUAAUAUAAAAUUUUAAUUGAAAUAUUCACUGAUGUAAAAAAAAUGUUAAAAAAAUAUACACAUAUUACAAUUAAUUUUUACGAUACAUGUAAUAACUUAGAUUUGAUAAAUACACGAUAGUAGUCAUGAAAAAUAUAAAAAAUAAAGACAAUUAGAUGCACAAAGUAUACUGCAAGAGAAAGUCAGAAGAAAAAUCACAUAAUAUAUAAACUAUAAAGACAUAAGACACAUUUUAUUUUAUAUUUUUCAAGAACCUACUUUCAAAACUCAAAUCCGUAACCUUUUAAUUAAAAAACUUUCUAAGUUUUCACUUCAUAAAAUUAUUUAGACCAUAAACUUCAUAAGGUUUCCCUACAAGUAAGACCUAACUUGUUGGAACACUAGAAUACUGAAAAUGAGACUAUGGAGAUCACACAAAAAAUCAGAUGUCCCAAAUAUUAGGACACAAAUAAAUGAAAUUUUUAUGUUCCUUAAUCAUGUGCCUUUCAUCUUCAACAAUGUUUAUAGUUUAAUACUAUUUUCCAUCUUAUUUAUUUUUUUAACAUUAUUCAUU